AUGCAGGCUGGAGGACCAGGAUAUCAAGUGGAAUUGGGAAGGUUAGAUGGAUUGACAUCAAAAGCUUCAAAUGUGGGAGGCAACCUCCCUGAGCCUACUUACAAUUUGGAUCAACUAAAUACCAUGUUUGCCUCUCAUGGUCUAAAUCAGGCUGACAUGAUCGCCCUCUCCGCGGCCCAUACUCUUGGAGCUGCUCACUGCGCCAAGUUCUCCAACCGGCUUUACAACUUUAGCCCUAAAAAGACAGUGGACCCAAUCCUAAGCAAGACAUAUGCAGCCCAAUUACAACAAACUUGCCCAAAGAAUGUGGAUCCAGGUACGAUCACCUUGUUGGACCCAACCACACCUAAUACCUUUGACAAUGUCUACUUCAAAAACUUGCAAAAAAUGAAUGGGCCUAUUCACGUCAGAUCAAGUGUUGUUGACAGAUAAACGGUCCAAAGGUACUGUUAAUUUAUGGGCCAGUAACUCUAAGGCUUUCCAAACCGCAUUCGUGAAUGCAAUGAUUAAAUUGGGCCGGGUUGGUGUGAAGACGGGCAAAAAUGGAAAUAUUCGUAGAGACUGCGGAGCAUUUAAUUGAGAGCUGACUAUCGGAGCAACCCCUCUUGUCAAUCAUUGAAGUUUGCAAGAUCAAUGAUUUUGUUUGAAGUUUGAAUGGUUUGUGAACGACAAGAUAAGAUUGCAAACCAAAAUUUAAUCGUUGUUUUAAUAAAAUAGGACCAAGUUCCUUAA